AUGGUUGCUUUGUCUUAUUCCGAUAGUCUUGGGCCUCAUUCUCAGCUAAAUGCAUACACUUUUACGUCGCUCAGCAAUUAUCACAUCUCGGAGGCCGUAUUGAAAUCUCCGGACAAUGGGUCUACGUUGGACUUAUCAAGGCAACAUAUAACGGCGGUAGAGGAAUCAGGCGUGGAGGAACUGGCUAGUGUUGGUCGGGACGAGGAGGACCAGGACUCACAAGGCUCAGUGCUGAGAAUUGCUCUGGGACAUAACAAACUCUCUACGUUACCCCCUGCAUUCAGUCUAUUGUCUCGUCUGCGAUACCUUAACCUGAAAAGUAACUCCUUCGACGAAUUCCCCGACGUUUUGACGAACAUGCCGUCUUUGGAUACUUUGGACAUCAGCCACAACCAAAUCAAACGGCUGCCAGUUAAACCCGGAACUCUUGUCAACCUACGCGUGUUUUGCUUGUCGCGGAAUAGACUGUCUCGCAUACCGACAUACCUCAGCCGGUUCAAUUCCUUGGAAAUAUUCAAGGUCGACCGGAACCCCAUAGAGUGGCCGCCACGCGAGGUCACUUCAUUGUCCCACUCCGUUGACUCUGCCGACGCUAUGAAGGAUUGGAUUAUAUCACUCCAAAGGUGGCUUGACGACGACGAAAUGAAGCUCAAUCGUGUUCACGAUGAUUCGGGUUUCGUGGAGAAUGAUUUGGAGCAUCAUAUUGAGGAGGACUUGAACUCCUGGUCGCAGCUGCCCGCCUCUGCAAGCGAAUUCGACGCUGGGAUAACUCCGCAUGCCAGGAACUUCUCCGUUGACUCAGCUUUUUCAAUGUCUUCCGCUUCCGAAUCCUUCCAGGAGGUCGAACCACCAUCACUCAGCGAGUCUAUAGCGCUUGAACGUCCCCCGCCACUGCACCUCGGCAUUCUCCAAGCAUAUAGCACAGAGACAUCACCAGCACACUCACCUAAUGCCUAUUUACCUAGCCCAGCCGCCUCGGAUGCGUCACCACCUCGCUCAAAUGGCAUAUAUGGCGAUUCGGCUCAGCAACAUGGCCGUACAUCAUCAUACGCUGACCUCAACCGCCCCUUUGCUCGGAGCGACUUGAUACCGAAGCAAAGUAUGCCCGAUCUUCGUACUGCGAAAUUGAACUUUACAAAGAAGCGGCCAGAUGGCCCUCCACCGACGAAGGAGGAAUUUUCCAUGCCUUCGCCGUUGUCUUUGCGCCAGGAUUCCAACUCGUCCCUCAAUUCGAACACCCGCGGCACUUCGGCAGAGGCUUCAUCAUCCAAGCUUGGACCCGGGCCGUCAAUGGCUUUCGAACGUAACUCAUACUUUCGGCGCCUAUCAACUCUACCCACCGCCGUUUCGACGGUUCUUCCGCAGCCCCUCCUCUGCCUCAUUGACUCCGCGCGCAGCAUACUCUUUGCUGUUUGUCAAGUGUAUUUAGCGCUCGAACACUACACUGUGCAAGCCACAGAUGACCGGCUUCCCAACGUUCUCCGCAAAGUAUUGGACCCGGCGAACUCGGAUAUGAUGCAUUUCAUCAACUCGCUGGACCGCUUUGAUGCCAUGAGUAGAAAGAUGCUACCACCUCCAGCAAUCUGUCGAGCAGUCGUGGAGAGCUGCAAGGAUACUGUCUCUGUUUUUGGUAAAGCUAUGGGUGUUUUAGCCUUACAGCUAAAGAUGUUAGCCCAUGAGGACGUACGGUAUCUUAGAUCUCUUCUUUUAACACUGUAUGGCGCAACCGCAGAGAUUUCAUGCGCUUGGGCAGGGAUGGCUCCACAUAUAGAGGCCAUCAAACCGCUUCUGUAUGCGAAACCGCCCUCUUCAAAUCAUCUAGCUGCUAUCAGUAACUCUGAGGCGUAUCCACUAUCCGCCCCAGUUACAAAGUCAACGCAUGGUCAUGAAGGUUCGGGCGCAUUCCCUCCUCUGCGAUCUGCCAACGGGACAACUGGUGUUGUGCGUGCACGGCGACACGCUGGCUCGUUCAGCUCGAAGGAUGUCGAAAUUGGCAAAGCUCUUCCAUCAUACGAGGAUAUGCCGAGUCCCUUUGGUGGUGUUGUCCCUGGGGCGGCGCCACGUACCCCAAUUCCACGGAAGAACAAGAGGCAAACCACCGCGCCAAAUCCGACACUAACAACUACAUCCGUCGUUAUCUCAUCGCCGUCACCCACUGCACCGCCGGAAUCAAUGCCUGUUGUGCCCUCGUUCUUAGCGGAAGCACUGAGGCCAAGUCAUUCCCGCCAAGGAUCACAAGCUUCACUUCAGGGCUCAUCAACGUCCUCGUCACCGUUGGUCGCCCCCAAACCGUCCCUCUCCGACCUUGCAUCCACUUCAAAGGUACAAGUCGAUAAUGAAGUCUUGAAUGCUAUGCAAGAGGCUAUCGACGUUGCGCCUUCUGUCUGGGAGAUGAUGGAAGAAAUUCUAGCGGACGUCAUCAAUACCGACACCGAUGUUCGUGAGGGCUUGGCGCGGGCGAAGGCUAUUACCACCCGACUGUCACAAACGCUACGUGCGUUUCAGGAUGGUGACUUCACCACUGCUGAUAAGAGAGCGAUGGGUGAAGACGCUCGCAUCUUUUGCAACUCCGUUGUCCAACUCUCGAGGGCAAUUAAGUAUCAUGGCGGUGCCCAUGCGGUGCCACCGUCGCUUCGACUCAACAUGGUCAAGUUGACCAACGCAACGGAAGUGUUUUUGAUCCUGUUGCAUGUUUCAUCGUUUUCGCCUUCGGCCACGCCUCGUUCUUAUUCGCCUAUGCUAAGCGCGUCUCUGAGCGCUUCGUCGGCUCUUAAUCCUCCCCCACCUACCUCGGCACUGAGUUCUGAAGAAUCACGACUGGGUUUCAGUCUAUCUAGAAGCCGCAGUGCUCAACCCUCCCCGAGUAUGCGACAUCGAUUUCAGGAACCUCCACGAAGUGCCUUACCUACCCAGACUUUCAAAGUGCCUAGUAUUCGACGGAGAGGCAGGGACCCUCCCUUUGACACAGCUUUUCGGUAA